GCUCAAACCGCGGUGUACGAAGCUUGUUUUACAGUUCUCGUUCGAAGCCUUUUCAUGUAACUGUUCGCUGCUGUUUACCACUGGCCGCACCUGUAAUUGCAUACUGAUUACCCAUUUCCUCUGUCAUCGAAAGCUGAGAAUUUUUUUUCUGUGAAAAAGACAGACAGUUCAAAAUAUAAUCUGGAAUCUAAGUGUGUAUCCCUUCAAGUUGUUUCACUUCACAGUAGUAUACAAAGAACAAAUGGAUAGAAAAAGAUUGGUAUCAAAGUAGAUGAAGUUGUGUAAAAGAAUAAGCGAUUUGAAAAUAACGAUUCUCAUACUAGUCUAGCAGACUACCACUAACUAGCUUAAAUACGCUUACUAUCCAUUGUUUUCUGGAAAACAAAACACCUUCAAGUUUCAUGAAAAUUCACCUGUAAACGAAAAGUCAGAUAAAUGUGGGACAUAUACUGAGUGAUUUAUUGUUCAAUGAAGCUGCUUACCACUGUGAUUCGUGGGAAUCAUUUUCUGUCACUGUUUUUAAAUGGCGCUACAAGUUUUUUGUCAUAAUCUAUAUGAUUAUGGGGGUUCUUUUUGUCAACCUCUACUUGUCAAACUCUUCAAGUCGAGUUGUUUACACUCACCCUAAUGAAUUGUUUGACAAAGAAUGUCUUUUAAUGAAAACUGAAGUCUGUUGUCCUAAUAAGGGUGAUUUGGACCUCUCUAAGUUUGAUUCCAUUGCUCCUAAAGACUUUUUGAACAUUAUAAACGCUACUCAAGGUGUUUGUGAAGGAAGUUGGAAACCAAAAUGCUUUUCUUCUCAAAAGAUAGCUGUCAUUAUACCCUACAGGGAAAGGGAAAAACAUUUGAAAUUACUGUUACCAAGACUUCAUACCCUUUUACUACGACAAAAUAUGCCAUAUUACAUCUUUGUAGUUGAGCAGGCUGGUACAACACCCUUUAAUCGUGGACUCAUGCUUAAUGUUGGAGUAUUACAUGCAUUAGAUAUUGAUCCGACUAUAAAUUGUUUUAUCUUCCAUGAUGUUGAUUUACUGCCUGAAAAUGCUGAAAAUCUUUACAUCUGUGAUACAGAAUUAAGACAUUUAUCACCUGCUAUCGAUGAUUUCCGUUAUCAUCCACCAUUUAUAAACUAUGCUGGCGGUGUUGCUGCAAUGUCUAAGGAGAAUAUAUUCAAGAUAAACGGUUUUCCAACACGUCAUUGGGGUUGGGGUAGUGAAGAUGAUGAAUUUUCAGCACGUGGUCUAAUAUUCAAUUUAAAAUUAACUCGACCACCUGGUUAUAUUGGUCGAUAUAAAGCACCAAGACAUAAAAAAGGUUCAAUAUCUUUUGGACAUCAAAAUUCAUUUUUACAAUUUCGUAAUUAUCUUCAUGAUGGUUUAACAAUAUUAACAAAUAGUUUUUAUUAUAAUAAAUGGAAAUUACAAUCAUUACAAUAUCAAGCAUAUAAUAAAUUUAUAAUGAAUAAAUCAGAAAAAUUUAAAAUUCCCACCUUUUUAAAUGAAUGUACGCGCCAAAAUAUUUUAUAUCAUUUAAACAUUGAUAUGAAUUCUAUUGAAAUUGUAAAUAAUUUUAAUGAAAUCUCUUCGUAUAAUAUUGAAUUAUUGAAUUAUUUUGCUCGUCAAGAUCUUUAUAUUCAUUUCAUAUUUGAUCCUAUAGAAUUUUAUAAUCAGAGUAAUUUAUUAUUACAACCAAAAGGUGAUUAUUUAAAAGAAUCUAUAUGGUGGUUUCUUCAUUUCUAUGGAUGGAUAUAAAGCGCACUUGUUCAAGAGAAAGGGAAGAUUACCUUUUUGUAUAAGAAUUUCAUGAGUAUUUUACUGUUUUUUUUUUCUAUCGGUGCCAGGUAGCUUUCUAUAUCUGGUUUUUUUUUCUUUUUUUUGGUGACUAUUUUUAAAAAUGUAUAUUUUCCAAGUUAUACUUAAUAGUAAAAUGAUAGAGAAAAUGUUGUGGUGG